CCCGUUUCCUUCGGCGGCACCCAGCGGAACCCCCUCCCCCUCCCCCCUUCCAGGGGACGCGCCGGGCCUGCGGCGUCUGGAGCCCGUGCUCGCUGUGCUCCUUGGCUCCCUCAGCCGUCUUCCGGGCCCGCCCCUAACCGAGUCUCCUGUUCCGGAGGCGGCUUGGCGAGGCCAUCCCUGCCGGCGCUCCGUCGUCGUCCUUCGCGGCCUCGGCCUGUCCGCCCAGUCAGAGGCGGCCGGGAGAGGCCGCCUGGCACCGGCAUCGCCGCGGCCCGUCUCGCCAGCCCCGUCGGAGCGCGCUGCAUUACUUUUGCUGUAUUCUUUUGAUCUGAAAGCCAACAAUCCUGAAUAUGUGGUUCUGAUCACUCAUUUUGGAAACGCACCAUGAAGUGAGAGAGGUCAGACAACUACUGUGCUGCUGUGUAGAGACAUCUUCAAUUGUAGAAGCAGUUAAACUUCUUAUUUUUAAUCAGGUAAUAACUUGCAAUUCAAGGUGGAAAUAUAUUUCACAUUCCUUGAUGGCAGCUUAAUUAUUUGAGCCAUGGUGUCAUGGAAAGGGAUUUACUUUGUACUUUCACUAUUCUUGGGAAGUUUUUUUGGAAGCAUUUUUAUGCUCGGUCCUUUUCUGCCAUUGAUGUUUGUCUCUCCUGUCUGGUAUCGCUGGAUUACUGAUAGAGUUGUUGCUACCUGGCUUACUCUUCCAGUGGCUUUGUUGGAGAUCGUAUUUAGGGCAAAGGUGGUUAUAACAGGUGAUGGAUUCAUUCCAGGAGAAAGAAGUGUUAUUAUCAUGAACCACCGAACACGAAUGGAUUGGAUGUUUUUGUGGAACUGCCUGCUAAGAUACAGCUACCUCAGACUUGAAAAAAUAUGCCUCAAAUCCAGUCUUAAAGGCAUUCCAGGAUUUGGUUGGGCCAUGCAGGUUGCUGCCUUUAUUUUCAUUCAGAGGAAAUGGGAAGAAGACAAAAAUCAUUUUGAAAAUAUGCUGGAUUAUUUCUGUGACAUUCAUGAACCUAUGCAGCUUCUCAUCUUUCCUGAAGGAACUGAUCUCACAGAAAACACGAAAGCCCGCAGUAAUGAAUUUGCUGAAAAGAAUGGACUUCAGAAAUAUGAAUAUGUCUUACACCCAAGAACUACAGGCUUCACUUUUAUAGUAGAGCGUUUAAGAGAUGGUAAUAACCUUGAUGCUAUUCAUGAUAUAACAGUAGCAUAUCCUCAAAACAUUCCUCAAACUGAGAAGCAUCUUUUAUAUGGGAACUUCCCCAAAGAAAUUCAUUUUCACGUCUGCCGAUAUCCAGUACAAUCUUUGCCAGUCUCUCGGGAAGAUCUGGAAGUCUGGUGUCAGAAACGCUGGGAAGAGAAAGAAGAGAGGCUUCGUUCGUUCUAUGAAGGCAAAAAAUACUUUGAUGCAACAGGGCGAAGCAGAAUCCCCCCCUGUAAAUCUGAGCUCAGGGUCAUGGUGGUGAAGUGCAUUUCACUCUUGUACUGGACACUGUUCACACUUGCUGUGUUUGUGCUGCUAUUCUUGUACAGCUUUGUACGGUGGUAUUUUGUGGUUCUGGUUGUCAUUUUUGUUGUGCAACACAAACUGUUCGGUGGGCUCGAGUUGAUUGAGCUUGCACGUCAUCGACUUGGUAGCAGUAAACAGAAUUUACACAAUUUUUAAAAAAACUAAAUUUAUUUGGGAUAUUGUAGGAAGGGAAGGGGGGUAUGUUUGUGGAUGUUUUUCAGAUGUGUUACAAACUUCGUAAACUGGAAUCAGAUUUUGCAUGAGAAUUGUUAGACUUCCUUACUGCUGUCAUUGGUUAAAUACACUUUGCACUUACAUUGUGAAAAAGGUAGGCAUUGCUACAUCUAAAAAGUUAUUUUUGAAUGUAUAUUUGGUGUUUCUUUUGCCAGCAGCUAGUGUCUACAAUGUAAUUACAAAACAGUUUGCUGAUUAUUCAAAAUAUAUAGCCAUUGAACGUUUCAACAGUGAGUUCUAAAUAUAACUGGACAAAUCGUGAAGCUAAAAUUAGUAGUCUGUGGUUUCUACACGCCUUUCCAUAAAUCAAGAACAAGAUUUGAACAUCCCAUUGCAUUACAUGAUUAGCAUUUCUCUCUCUGUAAUUCUCUUUUCUGUUCUCUCUUGCAGGGAGAUAACGGAUUAUACAAUUACCAUCAUUAGCAUCAGCAAAUUUUUGGGUUUACAGGAUUAAAAAACAAAGCAGGUCUUAGUUUGGAUCCACUGUAUUGUACUCCAUUUAGACAUGCCUGUUUUGCCUCUUAAUUGAAUGUAUACAACUUGCCAAUUGCAAUCCCAUUUUGAAGUGGUUCAGAAAUCUGUGAGGUGUAUCUAUGGAAAAUAUUUCUGAUUUAUCUUCACGACAGAUCUAGGCACUGUGGUCUCCAAAAUAUUCCAUCUCAUUUUGAUGACCUGCAUCCUAGUCAAGGGAAUGGCUUGACAUAUUUUCAGAAAAUGGGCCAUCCUACAUUUGAAACUGGGCUGGCCUGGAACAUGAACUGUGGCAAACUAUUUCCAACGCAGGAAAGCUUAUAUCCAACAGAAAGUCAGUGGGAAACUUGGGAAGAAAAAAAUAUUGUGACUCGUUUAAAUUAAAAGAGAAUUUUGAUUGUUAAAAGAAUUCUCUUUCCCCCUGAAAUUAAAAUAGAAUUAAUUGCAAAAGUAGCAUUUAUAUUGCAACAUGGUCCCCAUUGGGAUUGAAAUAUAACAUGGCAUGUUAUAUAAUAUAAAAUUCAAAUAAUGUUCUCAAAGCCUCAUGUGGCACAUAUUACUAUGCUGUCCAUAACAAGAUUCACUCCAGCAGUUUCAGUACAAAAAUCCUCCUUCCUAUCCUCCUCAGGUUCUGAGAGUAUGAAGAGAUGGUACAUUACAAUGCCAACAAAGGAAAGCACAUAGCAUACAUACUUGAAAGAUACAUGAUAGAAGCUCUUACCUUCCUUGUGAAAAAUCUAGUGGAUUUUUCAAACAAUAUAUCAUAACUAUGUCCUGAAUUUCACUUCCAUGAAUAUGUGUAAGAGAUUUUUAUUUUCUUUAUUCAAAAAUGUUUGUUUGCUUAAUUCUAGUAUGUAAGACUCAGUAAGCUAGUUUUACCUACUCUUGUGAAAACAAUAGAAUCCUAAAAAACAAUUUUAGAGGGUUUAGCUAGCAUGUGAAGCUGAGACAUCAAGUCCGACCAUUAUCUUGCAAUGUAAAUUCCCUUACAGUUGUGCCGCUCUACAUGGCUUCAUUGUCAAGGGAUGCCUUAUGGGAACAACACUAUGAUACUGUCAUGGCAUAACUAUAGAGAACACUGGGCUGAAGGCGGAUUCAAAGCACAAGAGGAUGAGCCACUACUGGCCUGCACAAUCUGUGACCCAAAGCAACAAAACAGCCACAUUUGCCAGUGAUCUUAGAGAAGUCUUUAAACCUGUUUUCUGUUCCCUGACAGAGAUUGCAAAUAUAGGAGAUUUUCAAACAUCUGUCAGGCUACAAUACAUGGCUGGUAAGAUGGAGUCUGUUUAUAUGGCUUAAUCUGCAAGCUGUUUCCCAUUUUCCAGAGCAGCUAUCACCUUCACUGUUGAAGUCAAAAAGUUACACCAUUCUGUCGACUAACUGUGCAAUCCUAAGGAGAGUUACUCCAGUCUAAGCUCAUUGAUUUCAAUGGGCGUAGACUGGAGUAACUCUCCUUAGGAUUGCACUGUAAAUGCCCUUUUAGGCUUUGGUAACAAGAACUCUCUCUUCACUAUCAUCUCUAAGCAAUUGUCUGCUAUUGUUUUAACAACCAAAAUCUUACGGUCACCCACUCUACCUUCUGAACUUCCUUCAAAUUAAUUUCCUUGCUUAAUCAUAUGUCAUGUCAUAUGACAUGUUUUCCUCCUCAGCACUCCACCCUCCUUUAGCAAUAUAGUGCACUCUUGUGGUCUGCCUUUGUUACCAAAUCUUUACAGAUGGCAAAGCAUGCCCAGGCAUUUUCACUGCACUAAAUAUUAGUAAUGUCAGAGCCAUAAAACAGCAUGUAAAUCCUAUGAUCAUAAUAAUGUCAUAUCGAGUUCCACGUGCUUGUCACGUCAAGUUCCAUGUGUUUGUUCAGUCUCUAUUGCUUCUGCAAUGCAUUUUAUAGGUUCAUUUUAUAAAUUGUGUAUUAAAAUAAACAGUAGGGUAUGAAAGAUCUCCAGAAUAGCCUUUGUUUUUGAAUUUUACUGAAACGUUGAAUGUUUUAGCCAUGAAUGAACAGCAUACCCUACAGCCACAAUAAAGACUUUAAAAUGUA